AUAGAUUUAAUUGCCUAACUGUUUUUCAGAGUCAAGUGCUAUGUUUUGUAUUCCCCUCAAUCAGAUAAGUCUCAAAGAGUUGAGAGAGAAUUGUCCCUUCCUUGAGAAAUCUUGUUUGAUAUGAAGACUGUAUCGGCAGGAUCUUGACUUUACUUGGUGCCGUGUCUCAAAUUAUUUGAGGGGUCAUCCUCAAACCAUAUGUCAGCAACAACAACCCAUUUUAUGAACGCAACUUAAUUUCUUUAUUCAUGUUGGUCAAAGUUCUCUUGUAAAGAAAGAGAAAGUGAAUAAAUGAACGAAUGCGAUAUGAUAGGGUACUGCUGAGCUGGCAAGUCCUGGCGGCCUCUCAACUUCCUCUCAUUCGGGCACUGGCUUUAAAGGGUUCAUCAUCAAGUUAUCGCUCAUCAUCUAAACAUUUCUGUUAUAAACAGGCCAGCAGGAUCAGGCCCCUGAUGGCAACCCAUUAGAGCAGAGCAGGAAUUUCCUUUUGACCAGUCAUUUCCCUCCUGUAAAAGAACUGAACUCCUAAACUCAUUGACACAGCGACUUUGUCAAGGAAAAGCGAGACUUGGGUAAGUUACACUCUUUCUCUGUCUCUUGGCAUUCACAUGUUUGAGGAUGUAUCAAAUGAUGUAGAAGAUGAAUGUGAAGUUGUUUAAAUCUUGUCGGGUGAAUAACUUGCCCUCCUAUGUAUUGGGUACAUAGCUGGGUACUAAAGCGUGCUUCAAGGUUUUCUCUGGGUCAGUAGAUGAGUAGAUGAGUCAGUGUGAUUGCUUGCUUAAAAGUCAAUAAUCAGAUGAAAGACAAUGAAAAGCCAUUCAUUGAGACAUGUCCCUGAGCUACCUAUACUGACUUCCUUUUCUUUUUUUUAAGUUCACUCAAUGCAAGCUCUCUAAUAUUACUUUUUUCCAUUUCCUAGACCUAAUUUUCUUUUUUUGUAAAUCCUUAUAUUUUUCCCUUUUUAGUUUUAUAAUUAAUAAAUAACACAGACAUGUAUACAUUUGUAAUGCAUGUGACUUUGGUGGGUUUCAGGACAACAAAAGCCCUGAAAUCAGUUGAAAGCCCUGAGAGGUGUACUCGCAGCUGAUCGAGGGACACCAACACCCACUCCCCUUUCAAAGGACAUCGCCACCCUACUACCACCGCCGCCAUGGGGGAAUGGAGCUUCCUGGGUGAUCUGUUUGAACACCUCCAGGCACACUCGCCCAUGCUGGGUCGCUUCUGGCUCUUCAUCAUGCUCGUGUUCCGCAUUCUGAUCCUGGGCACCGUGGCGUCUGACCUGUUUGACGACGAGCAGGAAGAGUUCUCCUGCAACACCCUGCAGCCGGGCUGCAAGCAGGUGUGCUACGACCAUGCCUUCCCCAUCUCCCUGUACCGGUUCUGGGUCUUCCACAUCAUCCUCAUCUCCACCCCGGCAAUGCUCUACCUGAUGUACGCCAUGCACCACGUCUCCAAGAAAAAGCCCUCCUCGUCCGCCGACGGCACCGCCUCCACCUGCAGCCAGGAUAACCAAGAGGAGAGGCGCCUGAGGCAGCUCUACCUGGUGAACGUGGCCUUCCGCCUGAUGGCGGAGGUGGGCGUGCUGGUGGGCCAGUGGUGGCUGUACGGCUUCAAGCUGGAGGCCCAGUUCCCCUGCAGCCGCUACCCCUGCCCGUACACGGUGGACUGCUUCACCUCCAGGCCCGCCGAGAAGACCGUCUUCUUGGUGUUCUACUUUGGGGUGGGCGUGGUGUCGGCCGCCUCCAGCCUGGUGGAGCUCCUCUACGCCGCUGUCAAGUGGUUCUGCCCCAGGAAACAGGGGCGGCGCGGCAUGCUGGAUAGGUCCUACGAGUCUCAUAGCCUCAGCAACCUGCGGAAACAGGAGGAGGAGGCGAACCUGCGGUUUGUGGGAGGGGGGAAGGCGCUGUCCGACAGCGCGCUGAGCAGCGCGAGGAUGAAGACAGGCCCCGUGAGGAGCAGCGGUGCGAGGAAGACCUCCAGCGUCGGACACAAGACCUCCAGGCUCCCCAGCAGCCGGUCCUUCAUGGCGUGAGACAGGGCUGCGAUAAAUCACGAUACGCACAUCACAGCGAAUAUAGACAAAAAAAUGUCUUACUUUUUAUUUAUUUUUAAAUCACUUUGAUGCCUUUGCCAGUGGUGCACCAUGCGAGAGGAUUACCAAACAGAUCUAGGCAGAUUCACUCCACUACAAAAUCACCCCAAUCCUUACACAAUGAUCGAACAAAAAUCGCAACACAACAAUACGAUAUAUUUUUCUCCAUAUCGUGCAGCCCUAGCGUGAGAGGUCACCUCCCGGGCCCAGUCCUCAUAUGGGCUGCGGGGAACAUCGGGAUCCCCGGCGAUUGUAAGAUCGGACGGCAAACACUCUGACCGCUGAGCUACGGACUGCAGUCACCCGGGUCCGUGGUUGUUGUGGUCCUAAAGCUUUGUAAGCGAGGUUUACCUUGGAGGAACAUACAUUUUACUCACCUCUAGUAUUUUAAUUAGGAGGAUUCUAGAGAGAGACGGUCAGAGGGGUUGUAAUCGACUAUGAUUAUGUGAAUUAACACACACAACACCCAAGGAAACUAACGCUGUUCAGCUUUGUUGCAGUAUCCCUGAUUAAUGCACUGAAGGCCUGCUAAACACAGUUCACAGCACCUUACACAGUACCUCAGAGCCAGUCCUAGACCAGGAAUUCAUUGGCUGACUGAUUGAUUGAUUGAUGUGACGAGGCUGCUGAUUACAGGUUUUGUCUGAUCCUCAUCCACGAACAUUGGAGACUGGGGGUUUAAACGUGACUAGCCAGCAAUGACUCCUUUGCUGUGCCAAUGAUGAGCCCUUUAUCUUUUAAUCAGUCCUGGGACAAGGAUGCAAUCAAGGAUAACUGGAUGCUUUUUAACUGAACAUCAUCCUAAGCAUGACUUGUCAUGUCAUCAAGUAAUUAUGGAGUGUAUUUGAAUUACGGUGUACUUGAAAAACGCCUCUUUGAUUUUUUGGACACUUUGAACUGCAAAUUAGCAAUAUUUAGAUUUUUUGUAUACCGAGUUGAAUAAAAAAUGUAUCUAUAUGUUUGGUUUAUACUUUUGUUAAGCUGUAAUAAAUUGAAGGACAACUAUGUGGGUGGGAGAUUAAUGAUACAUUAUGAUCAUGAUUAUUUUGACGCCCAUAUUUAUGUAAUAUUUAUUACUUGUAUUUAUGACACAUCCUAUUAAAUUGGUUGUGUGUACUGAACCACUCCUUUUGUUUUUUAAAAAGUUGCGACAAUAAAACAAGGCCUUUGGGUUCAAG